AUGAAGGCCGCCACCGUUCUCUCCUUCGCCGCCGGCGUGGUCGCAACCAACAACCUCUUCCCCUUCAACCCCAAGAACUGCCCGGACAGGUGUACGCCGCACCAGCGCACCGGUUUCCACUUCGGCGACCUUGGCCAUGGUGAAUUCUCCAACUACAAUGACUUCAACUGGAGCGGCUUCACCUGCAAGUCGGGCAACCGCGGCCGCUCUCGGGUCGACCGCCGCACCGGCUCCAACUACAUCGGCGGUACUUGCCACUCCGAGCCGUCCAAGAGCCCGUCGUUCGACUGCGAGAACAGCCGUUCCAUUGAAGGCUUCUCCGUGACCGAGUUCCACAUCACCACCGAGUUCGACUGCGACCUCGAGUUCCACUACCGCAUGCCCGACGGCUCCACCUGCAAGCAGACCAACGCCUGCUCCAGCAAGGGCUCCGUGAUUAAGAACGAUAAGUGCGGCGGUGCCAAGGCCUGCACGGUCGUCUACCCCUCGCAGGUCCGGAAGCCCCACACCACGUGCAGCAUCAGCAUCUCGACCAUCUCCUUCGGCUGCUCGACCACCACCCCGAGCAGCUCGCCGUCGUCUGCCCCUAGCUCUGCCCCUUCGUCGGCCCCUUCGAACAGUCCCUCGUCUGCUCCCAGCUCGGCUCCCAGCUCAGCUCCCAGCUCUGCUCCUGUCAGCGCCCCCUCGGUCAGCCCUUCGAACUCGGUUCCUUGCGAGUCGGAGAGCAGCGGUGCCCCUAGCUCUGCUCCCUCGUCGGCCCCGUCCAACGGCCCUUCGUCGGCUCCUAGCUCUGCCCCUAGCUCCGCUCCGUCGUCGGCUCCCUCGAACGGUCCUAGCUCGGCCCCGUCCAGCGCUCCUUCGGGCCCAUCUGGCUCCGCCUCUAGCUCUGUGCCCUGCGAGUCGGAGAGCAGCGGCGCCCCUAGCUCUGCUCCCUCGUCGGCCCCGUCUAACGGCCCUUCGUCGGCUCCCAGCUCCGCUCCCAGCUCUGCCCCCUCGUCGGCCCCGUCCAAUGGCCCGUCGUCUGCUCCUAGCUCUGCUCCCAGCUCUGGCCCCAGCGGCUCUGCUUCGUCUUCGGCCUCUGCCCCCAGCUCUGCCCCCAGCUCUGCUCCUAGCUCUGGCCCCAGCGGCUCUGCUUCGUCUUCGGUCUCUGCUCCUAGCUCUGCUCCCAGCGGUUCGGCUUCCGUGUCUGCUCCCAGCUCUGCCCCUAGCUCUGGUCCCAGCGGCUCGGCUUCCGUUUCUGCUCCUAGCUCUGCUCCCAGCUCUGCUCCCAGCUCCGGCCCCAGCGGUUCUGCCUCUGCCUCGGUUUCUGCUCCCAGUGGUUCGGCUUCCGUCUCUGCUCCUAGCUCUGCGCCCUCUGGCCCUGCCAGCUCUGGUCCUAGCGGUGCCUCGUCCGGCGUUGGCCCCGUCCACUCCUCGAGCGCCAGUCCUGUCUCUUCGUCGUCUGUUCAGUUCACUACGUCGACCAUCUUCUCGACCACAACCUCGACCGUUACUGACUGCGCCGCUACUGUGACGAACUGCCCGGCUCACUCCACACACCUGACGACUGUUGUCAUUGCCGUGUCCACCACUAUCUGCCCCGUCACCGAGACUGAGGGCAGCGCGACCAAGUCCCCCGCCGGCCCCACUGGUGCUUCCUCGCCGGCUGGCCAGCUCACCACGUCGACCAUCUACUCGACCACGACCUCGACCGUCAUUGACUGCGCCGCCACUGUGACCAACUGCCCGGCUCACUCUACCCACCUUACGACCAUUGUCAUUCCGGUGUCGACCACCGUCUGCCCUGUCACCGAGACCCAGACCUCUGCCAAGGCCACUGGCGUUCCUUCGGGCUCCGUGGGUGUUGAGGUCCCAGUGACGACUGUGACUAUCUCGUCCGGUGCUGCCACCAGCAAGCCUGCUGGCGGUCAGCCCGCCGAGUCGCAACCCGCCGGCAACAAGCCCACCGGCACUGGUUCCGGUAAUACCGCUCCUCCUUACCCGACCAAUGGUGGCGGCUCCGCGUCCCCCACGGGCACUGGUACCGUCAAGCCGAACCCGUCGGGCAUUGUCACCGUCAACGCCGGUGGUCGUACCCAGGCCUACGGUCUGGCUGGUGCUGCCGUCAUGGCUCUUGUGGCUCUUCUGUAA